CCUGGACGCCGGGAAAACAUGUACAUUGAUUUUAACUGAUAAAAUAAUUGCACAUACCAUAUUGUGAGAACCCGUAUUACAUAAUUUCUAAUAAGUAAGUAUACUCGUACACAUCUCAAGCCAGUAGACACAUGGUAUUACAGGCACAUCAAGAUUCGCCGUUAACCUCGUUCGGGUCAACAGAAGAAAAUAGCUACGUGUAGCUGGUAACAAGUAGAGAUAACUUGUCACAUGAGUUAUAAAUUAUUAACCCAAGUGGUAGAUGGGUAUUCGUUGUAUACUGAACGCUCUCUCUGCGGACAGCACAUGUUGGAAGACGUGUAACGGAAUGGAGAUAUUUCAAUCAACAUAAUGACAUUAUCAAAUAAUAAUAAGCAAGAUUUAACCAUAAAGACUGAUAUCCAUGAUGGAUCUACUAACUUGGAUUCAUUGUACUGUUCGCAUCUUUGGUCAAACAGUAAUUUACGUAGAGCCAUUUUAAAUGCACCUUGUGGAGAUAAUAAUGUAAUUAAAUAUUGUUACACAUGUAAAGGAAAAGUUAGAAAAUAUGAGAUAAAACUUCCAAGUGAUAAUUUUGUUCCAAAUAAUCAUUCUACACCAAACGGGAAAAUAAUUAAUGGCACUGAUUAUCCUAUAGGAGAGUUAUUGGAAAAUUCCCUUUGUGAACGACCUCAGAUUUAUGGAUCUAGUGAUAAAAAUAUUAAAAGCCCUGAAAGAUGUGCUGACAUAGAAACUAUAAAUUCUGAUAUUAAUGACUGCAUUCCGUCAAUAUCUAGCCAGAUUGAUUCCAGCUUCCGACAAAAAUUUACUUCAUAUGAAAUGCGUUCCAAUGAAAAUAAUCGAAGAAGAUUAAGAAAAAGUCUAAGAGGCAUUGAAUGUAUCGUGAAUUUUUCUUUGACUGAUAGUCCUGUGAAGAAACGUACUCAGAUACAGGCAUGCUCAAUAAGUGUGAUGAUUGUAGCAAUUGUAGUCAUAAGUUUUGUUUUAGUAAAUUUUACUACACCUAAUUUUACUCGUGCAACCAAAGUAAUUAGUACAAUCGUAGUGCCAACAAAACAAAAUGAAUCGCAAAAUAGUUCUUUAUCUACAACAAUUAUUUAUACUGGUGUACCUUUACUGACGGAUGAGAGUACGACAGCAUAUCCUACAACUCUAGAACCUUUUGUUCACAGUACUGAAAACAUAUCAUUAAUGUCUAGUAUCAUAUCAAAGAUACGUAAAAAUAUUAGAACAUAUCCUAAAGAUUAUAAAGAACGUAAUGCUUAUAAAGCAAAAGACAUUAUAAAUAGAGAUUUAUCUGAAAAGUUUUGUUCGUGCCAAACUAACGAAGUCUGUAUGUUGGAUGAAAAUAGUGGAAAAUCGAUUUGUAAACAAUCGAUUGAUAUCGAUGAUCCCACAGGUUGUGGAGGAUUAUGUGCCUUGGAAACAGAAGCUUGUCAAUUAGUGGAUAAGAUGCGCGGGGUACGAGUGUGUCGUCUUCUAACGCUGGUAACCUGUUCUUCACAAGAGUGGCGAUGUCGUAAUGGUUUAUGCGUGAGAGCAGAAGCACGCUGCGAUGGUUCCAUACAAUGCUACGAUCGCUCUGAUGAAAUGCAUUGUGAUUGUGAUUUGACUAAACAGUUCCGAUGCGGGCAUUCCAUAUCUUGUUUUCCAAAUACAAAACUAUGUGAUGGGAUUAUUGAUUGCUGGGAUGGAUUUGAUGAAGUCAAUUGCACCAUCGAGUGUCCGAAAGAUCAGUUUACGUGCACUGAUGGACAAUGUAUUUUAUCAUCAAGAUUCUGCGAUGGUUUCAUGGACUGUGAAGAUGGCAGUGACGAACCCAAUGGCUGUGACGGUGGCUGUAGCGCCCAUGAACUUUCUUGUGUGAACCAACGCUGCGUACCUCAUAUGGUCCGCUGUGACGGCCAUGACGACUGCGGUGAUGCUACGGACGAAUUGCAUUGUUCCUAACAUAGAAUAAUAAUAUAUGCUUGUAUAACAAAUGGUACAUUGACAUGGGCA